AUGUGCUUGGCUUACUACUGUGAAUGGCACACAGACUUGAGCAAGUUUAGUAAUCGUAAGGAAUUCUCGGAAGCUAUCCUACAACAACACCCAGCUGCCAACCUUGAUCUUAUAUUUCAGAAUUUAACUGACCAGGGUAUUGACUCUGAUGAUGUACACUACUAUGCUUUCCCUUAUUUCAUAAAGAUAACAUUAUCCUGUCAAAAUCAGAAAGAAAAUGAAAUAGCUGCUCGAUCUGCGUACCUUCAGGGGAUGUGUCCUAUUGUCAAUAUAAAAUUUCAACCCCCCGUCAAUUCAAUUUACAAUCUGCCAGAGUUGCUGGAGAUGUCCCUAACUGCAGCAGCAAUAGCUAAUGAUGUCCAACGGUCCAAAGCGGGAGCUGUAGUCAGCUUCAAAGUUGGCAAAGGCGGUGUGGAGCUAUUUGAUAGUGGCGUUUUAGAAAUUGAUAAUCUAAUUCCUAUUCCACAUAAGUCACAACCCCUCUUCUACUUGACUGAUAAUAACCCAGUUCUGAUACUUGGAGAAGUUCCUAAUCGCAAGAUUGUUCUUUUAUCAACCAAUGAAUUUGACAGUUUUUCUAUUUUGGAGCUAAAUAUAGACAGCUGCUGGAUUGCCUCCCUUAGCUGUCCACGGGGCCAGUUCUCUGCCUCUAUAUUUGAUGUGAUUGCUACUGAAAGUAUGUUAUUUAUUCGUCAGAAUCAACUAAUGUAUUACUUUAAAGGAAAUUUCACCUUGCUUCGUGCUAAUGAUAAAGGAUCAGAUAGAUGGAAACGUGUGUUGUCUAAUGUUUGUGUGGAGAAACUAAUUCCAGUGUUAGUUAUUCAGAAAGGUGAAGAAAAGCUGUUUGCUAUUGGAGGAGGCAAACAGAAAGCGAUGACCUACCUUGGCACUAUCAAAGAUGGAGAAGUGUAUUUUAAAUCAUUGUUGAAUUCUCAGGGCAACACAGUGUGCAGUGUACUGCGACGCGAUUGCCUUGUGCUCUGGGCUGCUUUCGAUCGAUAUAAGAAUGCUGCUGUCCUUUUGGUUGAGGGCAUAGUAACAGACUAUCAACCUGCUUCAUAUUUCCUGAUAUAUUAUUAUUUUGAAACAGCAAAUUUCAUGAUGCAUUAUGAACUUCCUCUGUAUAUUCCCAAAGAGAAGCAAGAUUUCGUUUUACUUGUAGGCACUGAAGAGUACUCCAAUACUCCAUUAAAGCCAGUGGGUAUUACACUUAGUCAUGUGAAUUCAAUGGCCUACCUGUGGGGAAACUUUUUAUUUAGCAGUUACAAUCUUGGCACCACAUGGCUUGCUGUACCAAAGGUUCCACCUCAUACCUUCAUCAAAUUUUUUAUCCAUUCUUGGAAUGGCGAUUUUAUCUUUAUGACUGAUAACGAAGAGCUGUGGUGUGGGAGAGAUGGCUAUUCAGUGCUAACUUGCAUCCGCCCUUCAAAAAAUUGGAAUACUUUUGUGACAAUGCAGAAUAUAAGAGGCAUAAAUGUACACUACAAAAAUGAGACAACAUUAACUGUCUUCUAUGACAGACAAAAGAGUUUAAAAGAGAUUGUAUAUGCAACUCUUGAAAAUGGUACCACAAUAAUUUUCAAAAGAGCUAUCCCAGUCGAUGAAAUAUUAUCAUAUGCGGAGCCCUUCCCUUUGCCUUCCUACAAUGAUAUCAACGACACGAAUAGCCAUCUCACAUUUUUAGACAAUUGCCCCUUUGGAAUAAUCAAAUUUCAACCCAGGGAAUCAAGCCAAUUUUUCAACCGAAUUCAGAUAUACACAGCCAGACCACCAUGGAUCUUUUCCAGCACUGGUCUGCACAAUGAUCUCUCUCUGACUGUCUAUCAAGGUCUUCUCUAUGGGCUGUUAUCCCUGCAUUCAACUUAUUAUAGUCCUUAUGUUGAUCCGGUUCAUGAUCCAACAUGGAGAUGGUGGAAAAAUUCAUGGCAAACUCAGAAUUACCACGUAUAUCUGGCCAAUAACAAACUGACCAAAGGUGGUUUCUACGUGGAAGCAUAUGAUUAUCGAAAGACAUUUAAAAAGCUGAUGUUUGAAAUAUUGCCCUCUGUCAUUUACAUGGACAAAAACAGCAUGUAUAAUUUCGACAUCUACCUCACUGUGAAUACUGGACAGGCGAGUGAAAAGUACGAAAUCAAUCAGGCAUGGUUGUUUGCCCAGGUUUCCUCUCCAAAAUAUGUUCUGGCUGAGCUAAAGAGAGAAGAGCUAAUGAGCAGUGGGAAUCUAAUAUACAAGGUCUCACUGAAGGACCAAAAUUUUUAUCAAGGACAAAGUUUGUCAGGUGAAGAUCUGGUCUUGGUUUCAGUUUUAAUAAAGGUAGUAAAUUCCGACUUUGCCUGCUUUUCAGAAUUUGGGAGUGAAGUUACGAUGGAGGGUAGCAUACAGUUGACGGUCUAUGUGGGAUGCCCGCCUGGAAACAGACUUGUUUUUGACGUUGCCUACACUCUCAAAUACAUUGUGAAUAAAUCUAAAGUGCACUUUGACUGUCUUGAGCAUGAUGAAAUUCCGUGCUUUUAUUACGAACAACCAUUUUAUCCCUUCUUUUUAAUUCAAGAUUUGGUGAUAGGGAAAUCUAAUCGAUUUUUGGGCAGUUAUACCUUUAAAGUCAUUGGAGGGGGACCGUAUAGAAGAAGUAAUAUCAGGAAAUUCAGUCCACAAGAGAUUCUAUUAUACAACUCAGUGAAUUACAGGAAUAGCUAUACAGCAAUAUGGAAAACUAUAGCAAGCAACCCAAACGAUGAACAAUAUACAAAUCAAGGUAUCCCUAUUUUGCAAAGUGAUACCUUUGGAAUUAGGUGGGUUUGCCAAAAGAACUCGCCUUGCAGUGAUAUACCGGCAGAAGGACUUAAAGGGCCAGAAUAUUUUUUUCUUAUUGAAGUAUCUAAUAGGGGGAUCGAUACAAGUACAUAUUGUGACUACAAGCUGGAGUUUAUAAUUCACGUACAUGGUUUACCACUCAACCCUCACCGCGCACUUUUAUUUAUGCUAAUUACAUUGUCCAUAUUGUGGUCAGUCCUACUUUCUUUCAUUAUCUAUCGUUGCUACCACAGUUGGUUUAAAAAUAAAAUUAAAACGUUAUCAUUGGAUGAAUCAAUGAUCUUGCCUGAUCGCACAGAUUUUGAGUUCAGUCUAGACUUAAGAUAA